CAUACUCAUGUGCGUAUUAAUUGAAAAUCCCAGCAAACUUCUUGACUCAAUCCCCACACUGAAGAGCCCCACUCCUCCAAAGUACAAACUUUCAACAGUAUAUAUGUACAUAUCAGAAGGUUGUGGGGGAGAGAAAACAGAGGAGAUGGCCAACACCAGUGCAACAUUGUGGGUUAUUUUAACUCAAUUUCUAUUGCUAGUUUUUGCUGAAGGAAAAAACAAGGUUCCAGCAAUUAUAGUGUUUGGAGACUCAUCAGUUGAUGCAGGAAACAACAACCAGAUUCCAACCAUUGCUAGGAGCAAUUUUGAGCCUUACGGCCGUGACUUCUACGGCGGCCGGCCAACGGGCCGUUUCUCCAAUGGCCGGAUUCCGACCGAUUUUAUCUCUGAGGCGUUUGGUCUUAGAACAAUUGUGCCAGCCUAUCUGGAUCCGGCACACAGCAUAAAGGAUUUCGCGGUUGGAGUCACGUUUGCAUCAGCGGGAACUGGCUAUGACAAUGCAACUUCUAAUGUGCUAUCUGUUAUACCACUGUGGAAGGAACUAGAGUACUACAAGGACUACCAAAAGAAACUGAAAGCCUAUCUUGGUGAAGACAAGGCCAAGCAAACCCUAGCUCAAGCACUAUAUGUGAUGAGCUUAGGAACAAAUGACUUCCUGGAAAACUACUACACACUCCCUGGUAGGCGGUCGCAAUAUAACAUCGAUCAGUACCAAGUUUUCCUCAUCGGAAUCGCCAAGAGAUUUAUCGAGAACCUCUACGGUUUGGGGGCUAGAAAAAUAUCCCUUGGCGGGCUUCCGCCAAUGGGGUGUUUGCCGUUGGAGAGAACGACAAAUUUCAUGGGGGAAAAUGAGUGUAUGCAGAGUUACAACAUUGUGGCCAUGGCUUUUAAUGCUAGGUUGACAAGUUUGAUGGGGAAACUGAACAAGGAAAUGCCUGGGAUUAGAGUGGUCCUAUCAAACCCUUAUCCAAUUUUGAUGCAAAUUGUUCAAAAACCCUCUUCAUAUGGGUUUGAUGACACAUCGGUAGCUUGCUGCGGUUCCGGCAUGUUUGAGAUGGGUUAUGCCUGCGCUCGGAACAACCCUUUCACGUGCUCAGAUGCUAACAAGUUUGUGUUCUGGGAUUCAUUUCACCCCACGGAGAAAACGAAUCGCGUAAUAGUUGAUCAUUUGGUCAAGACUACUUUGGCUGUGUUUCUUUGAUUUUUCAUGCCCUUAUUAAUAACCAAACCAAACCAAACCGAGCCUUACGUUCCAAUCACUUGAGGUCGGCUACAUGAAUCGGUUUCUUUCCUUGGUUGUAAUUUUGAUUGAAUAAAAUGAGGUAACAUCAACUCCUUUGGCAA